CGCCAUAUUGCUUUUAGUCCUCCGGUUUCGCGCCAGGCGUGCAUUUUUCGUAAUCGUAAACACAACAUUUUUAAUUAUUGUGUGAAGAAUAUCAAGAUACGCUUAGGCUCGCAUUUGCAAUACAAUGUCGCAUACCGAGGAGGCCAUGGAUGUGGCCGACGUGGGCGAGAAUUCUAAUGGGUCUUCUAGCGACACCACAUCAUCACGAGGAAAAGAAGGCGACUUCGAGAGUAAAAUUGAAACAGACCGUUCAAAGCGUUUCGAUUUUUUGUUAAAACAAACUGAGAUUUUCUCUCAUUUCAUGACAAAUGCUCCAAAAGCUGGUACUAGUCCACCCAAAGCGAAGGCAGGCAGGCCCAAAAAGAACAAGGAAGAUUCGGCUGUCGAUCACCGUCAUCGAAAAACUGAACAAGAAGAAGAUGAAGAAUUAUUGGCUGAAAAUAACAUCAAGCCUAAAGCCAUUUUUCGCUUUGAGGCUUCACCACCAUACAUCAAAAAUGGAGAGAUGAGGGAUUAUCAAGUUCGAGGUCUGAAUUGGAUGAUCUCAUUAUAUGAAAAUGGUAUAAAUGGAAUUCUAGCUGAUGAGAUGGGUUUAGGUAAAACACUGCAAACCAUAUCUCUUCUUGGCUACAUGAAAAAUUUCAAAAAUAUACCAGGCCCACAUAUUGUGAUUGUACCAAAAUCUACUUUAACAAAUUGGAUGAAUGAAUUCAAGAAAUGGUGUCCAUCACUCACAGCUGUUUGUCUUAUUGGAGACCAAGAAACUAGGAAUACAUUCAUCCGUGAGACGCUAAUGCCAGGCAACUGGGAUGUCUGCAUUACAUCCUAUGAAAUGAUAAUAAGGGAGAGGUCAGUGUUCAAGAAGUUCACCUGGAGGUACAUGGUCAUAGACGAGGCUCACCGCAUCAAGAAUGAGAAGUCAAAACUGUCAGAACUGCUGAGAGAAUUCAAGAGUAUGAACAGACUGCUCCUGACCGGGACACCGUUGCAGAACAACCUCCAUGAGCUCUGGGCUCUGCUUAACUUCUUGCUGCCUGAUGUCUUCAACAGUUCUGAUGACUUUGACUCAUGGUUCAACACAAAUGCGGCAUUGGGAGACAACCAAUUAGUAUCAAGAUUGCACGCGGUUCUGAGACCCUUCUUACUUCGACGUCUUAAAGCUGAAGUAGAAAAGAAAUUGAAACCCAAGAAGGAGGUUAAAGUAUAUGUGGGUCUCAGUAAGAUGCAGAGGGAAUGGUACACAAAAGUGCUCAUGAAAGACAUUGAUGUUGUGAACGGCGCCGGCAAAGUCGAGAAGAUGCGGCUCCAGAACAUUCUUAUGCAGCUGCGCAAGUGUUGCAACCACCCGUACUUAUUCGACGGCGCGGAGCCCGGCCCGCCCUACACCACCGACUCGCACCUCGUCUAUAACUGCGGGAAACUCGCCAUACUUGACAAACUGCUGCCUAAACUGCAGGAGCAAGACUCGAGAGUGCUCAUCUUCUCACAGAUGACCAGGAUGCUGGAUAUACUGGAGGAUUACUGCCAUUGGAGACAGUUCAAGUACUGCCGUCUGGACGGCCAGACCCCCCACGAGGACCGCAACCGGCAGAUCGAGGAGUACAACGCGGAGGGCAGCGAGAAGUUCAUCUUCAUGCUGUCCACACGCGCCGGCGGGCUCGGCAUCAACCUCACCUCGGCCGACGUGGUCAUUAUAUACGACUCCGACUGGAACCCGCAGAUGGAUCUGCAGGCCAUGGAUAGAGCACACAGGAUUGGGCAGAAGAAACAGGUCCGCGUAUUCCGACUGAUCACAGACAACACGGUAGAAGAAAAGAUCGUAGAGCGAGCAGAAGUGAAGCUUCGUCUCGACAAGCUCGUCAUCCAAUCAGGACGCCUCGUGGACCAGAAGAACCAACUGAAUAAGGAUGAAAUGCUCAACAUGAUCCGACACGGAGCCAACCACGUGUUCUCGUCUAAGGAUUCCGAGAUUACCGACGAAGAUAUUGAUACGAUUUUGGCUAAAGGAGAGACUAAGACAGAAGAACUGAAACAGAAGUUGGAAUGCCUGGGCGAGUCGUCGCUCCGAGCGUUCUCCAUGGACACGCCUGGCGCCACCACCGACUCCGUCUACCAGUUCGAAGGCGAGGACUAUCGAGAGAAGCAGAAGCUGAUGCCGCUGGGCAGCUGGAUCGAGCCGCCGAAGCGCGAGCGCAAGGCCAACUACGCCGUCGACGCGUACUUCCGCGAGGCGCUGCGAGUGUCAGAACCGAAGGCGCCUAAAGUACAGGCUCCCCGACCGCCCAAGCAGCCGAUAGUGCAGGACUUCCAGUUCUUCCCGCCGCGGCUGUUCGAGCUGUUGGACCAGGAGAUCUACCACUACAGGAAGACUCUUGGAUACAAAGUGCCAAGAAAUCCCGAGUUGGGGCCGGACGCCGCGAAGAUUCAAAGAGAAGAGCAGCGGAAGAUAGACGAGGCCGAAUCACUCACAGAGGAGGAGCUCGCUGAAAAGGACAACCUUUUGACACAAGGAUUCACCAACUGGACAAAGCGAGAUUUCAACCAGUUCAUCAAAGCCAACGAGAAGUAUGGCCGAGACGACAUCGAGAACAUCGCUAAAGACGUCGAGGGAAAGACCCCAGAGGAGGUCAUGGAAUACUCGGCUGUGUUCUGGGAGCGAUGCCACGAGCUGCAGGACAUCGACAGAAUCAUGGGACAAAUCGAACGCGGCGAAGCGAAAAUACAAAGAAGAGCCUCAAUAAAGAAAGCUUUAGACGCCAAGAUGGCGAGAUACAGGGCGCCCUUCCAUCAGCUCAGAAUUUCCUACGGCACGAAUAAGGGCAAGAAUUACGUCGAAGAAGAGGACAGGUUCCUAGUAUGCAUGCUGCACAAGCUGGGCUUCGACAAGGAGAACGUGUACGAGGAGCUGCGCGCCAGCGUGCACGGCGCGCCGCAGUUCCGCUUCGACUGGUUCCUUAAGUCGCGCACCGCCGUCGAGCUGCAGCGGAGAUGCAACACGCUGAUCACGCUUAUAGAAAGAGAAAACCAAGAGUUGGAGGAGAAAGAGCGCGCGGAAAAGAAGAAAAAGAGCGGCGCCCCCAACCAGAACACUCCCGGAGGAAAUGCGUCUAAGGGAGCAAGCGCGGGCAAGCGCAAGGCUGACAACACGCCCGACACCGCACAGAAACAGAAAAAGAAGAAAAAGUAAAAUAACGUAAC